AUGAGUAGCGACGAGGGUGAAGUUUUUGCAACAAAGGAGUUGACUACCCAGGUUUUCCAAAGGCUGGCCUCGAAGUUGGAAAAUCGAGUAUGUUUUGAUUGUGGUAACAAGAAUCCAACGUGGACCUCAGUGCCUUUUGGUGUGAUGUUGUGCAUCCAAUGUUCUGCUGUGCAUAGAAAUCUAGGGGUCCAUAUUACUUUUGUCAAAUCCUCUAACCUGGAUAAAUGGACUAUCAACAAUUUGAGAAGGUUUAAGCAUGGUGGUAAUCAUAAGGCCCGUGAAUAUUUCUUGAAGAACAAUGGUAAACAGUUUUUGAAUACAUCCAAUGUCGAUGCCCGUGUGAAAUACACCAGUGGUGUGGCAAAACGUUAUAAAGAACAUUUGGAUCAAAAAGUUAAGAAAGAUAUGGAACUACAUCCCGCUGAAUUGAUUCUUGCAGAAGAUGAAUUGGAAGGCAGUUCUACGGAGUCUUCCUCAUUAGCUGGUUCAAAUGCAAAUAGUGUGGAUGAUUUCUUCUCUAAUUGGGAGAAACCAGCUUCUACACCAACGGCUAUCAAUAAUAGUCGUCAAGGUUCAAGCUCACCAAAAGUCUUGACUCCUUCAAGCACUGGUGGUCAACCCAAGACAGCCGCCAGAGCCUCUAUUCUGUCAUCUAGUAGGAAGAAAGCACCCAUUGCAGCCAGCGGUGCCAAGAAACACUCGAUCUUGUCUUCCAGCCGUAAACCAACGAGAGUCGCAGCAAACAAAGUUGAUAAAUCUGAAGCUGAUGACUUGUUCGAACAGUUUGCCAAAGAAGCAGAACAAGAAAAAGUGGAUAAACAAUCUAAUCUGGGUGCUGCUAAUCAAAGAUCUAAACCUACAUAUAAGGCAACCACUAUGAUUGAAGAGAGACAGGAGACUUUCCAUGAUACUAAGAAACACGAUGAUUUCUUUGAUGAUUUUGAUAAAGAAGAUAAUUCUAAAGGUCCCGUGGAAGAAUUGAAGCCCAAGUUUGCCAAAUUGGGAUUCGGUAUGACAAUGAAUGACGCAGAUGAACUAGCUAAGAAGCAAAAGGAGGAACGUACGGCCAGCUCGGGUCCUAAAUAUACGGGUAAGAUCGCCGCCAGGUACGGUGAACAAAAAGCUAUCUCUUCGGAUCAAUUGUUCGGUCGUGGAACAUAUGAUGAAGAUGCAUCUCGCGAAGCUAAACAAAAAUUAAAGACUUUUGAUACCGCUACUUCAAUUUCCUCAUCAUCUUAUUUCGGAGAAGAAGAAGAACCACAAGAAGACGAGUUUGGCCGUCCAGUGCGUCAAAGUUUCGGUAGUCAAGGUGCCAACAAUGGAUUUGUUGAUUUCAACAUGAGCAACGAGGAUGAUUUACAAGUUUUGAAAGACGCAGUAGAGCAAGGUGCAAUGAAACUGGGCAACUAUUUGAGAGAUUACCUGAGAAAAUAA